AUGGCUGAAACUACCAACAAGAAAUAUCCACUGGGCUCUCCUCAAGAGCACAUUAUAAUGUGUGAAGCUCACGAUUCACCUAUUGAUAUGGUAUGUGAGGACUGUGAUGAAUUCAUUUGUGGUGAUUGUGCAAAUACAGAUCACAAAGAUCAUAAAUGGAAAACUCUAACCACGGCAGCCACUCGAAGGAGAAGGGGUCUGCUUAAAUUUCUGAAGAAGAUCAAGGAAGGGGAUCUGCCUGGGAUUGCAGAGAAGAUCAAGAAGGUGUCAAAACAGAUCACAGAAAAUAUAGAUUUGUGUGACUCUGAGAUGAAAAAGCUUCAGAAGCACUAUGAUGAGAUAAUGGCCAAGCUGGCAGAAGUCAGAAUAUGUCAUGGGCAAACAAUAAGAGAUAAUUUAGAUAGAAAGAAUGAUCAACUGAACCAUGUGAAAUCUGAGUUAGAGAUGAAGAAGAGAGGAAUUGUUGACACAGUGGAAUUCAUGGAAGAGAACAACAGCACCAUGUCAGAUUACAGCUUGAUUGACAACCACAGAGAACUGAUAAAAAUACUGUCUGAAUUGGAGGUUCAUACGACAAACUGUGAACAUUCAGUGAGGUUUACUAGAGGUGAAAUCAAUGAUGAUUCACUUGAGUCUUUGGUUGGAAAAACUAUAGAUUUAGAUGAUAUUGGUGUGACAGAAAUAAACUCAUUUCAAUUUGGAGAUAAACCAAUAACUGUGUUGGAGGCUUUCAGUGAAGAACAAUGUUACCUAAGACAAUCUCACACUAAAUAUACAGAAAAAGUCAAUCAGCAAGGAAAGAAAACACAACAAUUGAAUAUUAUUCCUAAUGAUGUGUGUAUGACUGAAAAUGGUGAUGAUUAUUUCACUGAUUUGAGUAACAAGUCCAUCCGCCGUCUGUCGCCAUCAGGAUCUGUCUCUACAGUCGUCAGUACAGAUCCACUGUUACCAGGAGGAAUCUGUCAGUCAGUGGACAGUGGACUACUGGUCACCUUGAUAGGCUGUGAAUCAGACAGUUACAAAUUAGAGUCACACAGCAGACGUCUGGUGAGACACAUCACAGUGACAGGUGAUGUCAUCCAUGAGUACGAGUUCCAAGAGGACGGUCACACCAGACUGUUUAUAUUGCCAAGCACAGUCACACAGAAUAGUAACAGUGAUAUCUGUGUUGUGAACUGUACAAGUGCCAAUACAGGUGAACUAGUGAUCAUGUCUCCCUCUGGUCGUAAGAAGUUUGUCUACCGUGGACAGAACCUGACAGAGAACUUUAAUCCAGCUGAUGUAGUGUGUGACUCCCUCUGUAACAUCCUUGUCACUGAUCCACGUAACAAACAGAUCCAUCUGCUGAGUCCUGACGGGGAGUUCUUGAAGUUCUUACCAGACAAUGAAGUGAACCGUCCAUAUUCACUGUCCCUAUACAUGUCUACACUGUGGGUGGGAUACAGGGAAGGAGUCGUCAAAGUGUUUCAGUACAGAAUGUAA